AAAAAAGAGAAGUGCUGAGAAACCAGAAAUGGCGUCGCAAGUUGUUUUUUAUUCGCAUUGAAUGUUUCUAAUCGUCCAUUGUGAUUUUGAAUCUUCUAUUCGUUUUCGAGAUAUAGCAAACAAGUAGCGUCCAUGUUUAAUUAACUGGAAGUGAUCGUUUUAUCGUGAAACUGUUGUCGCCGCCACAAUGGCGUCAUCGAACGAAGCAAGAUUGUCCCACGUAAAAGCUGGUGAAAAUCUUGAACUCGGCGGUGAUUAUCGCAAAGCGAACGGCGAAAGUUGUGCCGGUGAGGCUUCUAAGCGGCGUCGCAUCUCGCAUGACACUAAAAAACCUUCGAGGCCGGGAUGCGAUCCAAGUGUGUCAACCAAACAUAUCCAUACAUCUAUCGAAUCCAAAGGUAAAAAACGAAAACGUAGUCAGGAUUCUUCAAAGGUGGUAUCCUUGUGGGGUGAUGAUACAAAACCUGCAAAGUUGAGUAAGAUAUGGCCCGUUUUUGACUCAGGAGGGUAUGGAGAUGCAGCUGUGUUAACUCUUCAUGUUAUGAACAAAACACCAAAUUUAAUGAAUCCUUUACUAUAUGACUCUCAAAGAGACGAUUUUUGUCUAGCGGAAUUGAAUCAAGAACCAUUAAAAUCUGAUUGGUUCAGAGGCCUUAAUGCAUCAUGGAAACAGACUCAACUUACAAACAAAAUAGCCAAUAAUGAUGUAACGAAGAAAAUCUUCUCAUCAGUGUCCCGCCAGUUACGUAUCAUCAAUACACAUCUACAGCAAUCAAUGUUUAAAUAUAAAUAUCCACGGGUCACAAGAUCCAAUAUUCUUCUAGACAAUUCGACAGUUAGAAGGCCAGCCACACAUUUCAGUCUUACAUUAAGGGCAAUAAGGUUCCAGGCAACACCAAGAAGAGAGUUACCAUGUUAUGGAAAUCUUGAGUUACCAUUAAAACUGAAACAAGAAGGUGGUAUGUUACAAGUAUAUCCUGCCAUCAGGAGUCUUAAGGAUAAUGAGGUUAAAGUAAACAUUGAGAAUGAACAUGUCAAGAUGGAGAAAGAAAAAGAGAGAGAAAAAGAACGAGAGAAAGAUAAAGAUAGAGACAGGUCAUCGCGUCAUUCAUCGUGUCACCAUUGUAGGCGAAGGUCUCGUGUGAAGCGCUGUUCAAUCGGCGUUCAGUGCAGGCGUGAUCGAGCCGCCCCCGUUUGUAUUGGGGAAGGAUGGGGAACUUUGAUGGAGAACCCUGACAUCAAGGGGCUUAAAUAUCACAGGUUAAUGCGAGUCGAAACCCACCCAAAUGGUGGUGCCAGUGUAGUGUACCUUCACCAGCGAGAUGUUGACAUGCUGGGCGAACAACAACAGCAGUCUCUGGCCAAAGAGUUUCUAAAGCUGGUGUUCUCGGAAGACAGUGAGGGCUGGGCCCGGUUCGUGUGCGGCGUGGUGCGCGGCGCGGCGGCUCCCUUCCCGUGCCUCCUCCAGCACCUCGCGCACAAGCACCCCACGCUGCCGGUCAAGGCCGGCGUGUUGGCCAGAGCAUCGGACAUCGAGACCACCACGCUCGCACGAUACUAUCAGCAGGUUCAACAAACAUAUGCAGCAGGCACUUUCCGUUGUGGUCCGUUACACCAAAUAUCUCUGGUAGGCACGGUACAUGAGGAAGUUGGAGGCUAUUUCCCCGACAUGCUGGAGAUGCUGGCUUCAUGUCCAUUUCUUAACAUGACCAUGCCAUGGGGUCCAUUAUCAGCUGUGGAAAUGGAUCCUCAAGAAUCAAAUGAUGGACCAAUAUUGUGGAUUCGACCCGGGGAACAGCUUGUUCCCACUGCAGAACUAGGAAAGAGUCCAAUUAAGAAGAGAAGGACGGGUAUAAACGAACUACGCAACCUGCAAUACUUGCCGCGGUACAGCGAGGCUCGCGAGUUUCUGUUCGAAGAUCGGACGCGGGCUCACGCCGACCACGUCGGACACGGACUCGAUAGGAUCACUACAGCCGCUGUUGGUGUGUUGAAAGGAAUCCAGUGCGGAGACGACAGCGACCGUGGACGCAUAACGAAAGACGUGGUCGCCUUCCACGCGGCCGACUUCAACAAACUCGUUCAGCUCCUUCAGUUGGAUCUGUACGAGCCUCCCAUAUCGCAGUGUGUCACUUGGCUAGAAGAAGCAAAGCUCAAUCAGUUACGCAGAGAGGGAGUGCGAUAUUCAAGAUUGCCUCUGUGCUCAGACGAUAUUUACUUUUUACCAAGAAAUAUUAUACAUCAAUUUCGGACAGUCUCUGCUGUGACUUCAGUCGCAUGGCAUUUACGUCUAAAGCAAUAUUAUCCUUCAUCGGAAGCGUCAUCUCCGGCUGAAGAACGUCCUGCCGCCGAUCCUGAACCCGUUAUCAUCAAUAACACACCCGAAAAGUCAUCAAAACACAAAGUGGGCGUGAUCGAAAUGAGAGCUCUAAGCGCGAAGUUCCAGAAAUCCGCCAUGAAACUGUCAACUGGUGGACGCAAGAGUCUCGAUACACAAACGAAAGACAAACACACAGACAAGAAGUCGGACAAAGAUAAAACAGACAAACCUGAUGUGAAAUCCGAGAAAGUGGAGGUCAAAGCGGAAGUAAAGGCUGAUCAAAAACUUGAUAGGCCAGAUAUUAAAACUGAGAAAUCUUAUGCAUCAGUCGAAAAAUCCGAGACUAAGAUAGAGAAAAUUGAAUUGAAAACUGUAAAGGUCGAACCUAAAUCAGAUAGACCUGAUCACAAACCAGACAAAACUGAUGAUAAACCAGAAAAAUCUAGUAAAACCCCUGAAAGGCUUGAUAUAAAAUCUUCAAAAUCUGAAGGGAAAAUUGACAAGGACUUAAAAACAGAGAAAACCGAGAAGUUAGACAAGACUGACAGAUCAGAUAAAACAGAGAGAACAGAAUCUAAAGAUAAAAUUGACAAAGACUCGAAAUCUGAAAAAACUGACAGCAAAAGGUCUGAGAAAUCUGACAAAACUCAUAGGCACAAAGAUGAUAAGCAUAGAUCAGAGAGAUCUGACAAACAUGAUCAUAGGCGGCACUCAUCUUCCCGCCAUAAAUCGCAUAAGUCUCAUCGGAGAGAGCGCUCCGAUGAUAGAAGUAGGCCCAAUGAGAAGAAUGACAGACACGGAAGGGAAAAAACCACCGAGAAAGAAUCUGUGAAAGUUCAUACUAGUGCAGUGCAUCGACCACCAGACUAGCUAUCGUACAAGUGAUUUAUCGGGACAUAAAUUGUAAAUGUGUUUUCUGUGUUGUGUUGAAGAAAUUUGGAUUGGACAUGAGUACAGGUAUGAAUUUUUAUCUUGGUUGAUGGUUGACUGUUUAUUACGCGAUAGAAAUUACCCCUGUCAACAAUUCAAAGAAGUAUUUGGGUCACCAACUUUGUUAUAGAUAAGUUUUUGAGGCUAUUAAAAAUAUAAAAAUAAAUUCAAUGAUUCUAAAAAAAUUGACAAAUCAGUAUAUUUCCAUUGAAAUUGCUUCACUUCACUUUUGUAAUGUACAAUUUAAUUUUUUAUUUCAAAACUAAGAUUAUUAACUAGAAGAGUAAUUGAUUAUAAAGUAAAAACAGGAGUCUGGAUCUAUAAUAUAGUAGGAUUGUAACUUAUAGUAUGUUUGGUGACCCUAAGAACAGUAACUGUAUCUAAUGUUAAUGAAUAGAAACUAAUAAUUUGAAGUGAGCUAUGACAAUGGCUGAUGUGGAUAUAAAUUAAUUGUAUAUGUCAAACAUAACACCAUACAUUACAAAUUAGUUUCUGAAAUCUCAAUACAUAAUUUGUUUUUAUAGAAAUAUACCCUUAAAAUUGGUAUUUCUACUUAAAAAACCCUCCUUAAAAUAGUCAUAUAAUCAUAGAUAAUAAAUAUGAUUGAUUGUAAGCAUAAUUUAAUUUCUAAAGUUAUUUUAAUGAAAAAACUAGAUAAACGUUUUGAAGAAUGAAUUUCCUUUUAAAAGUUUAUAAAAUUGUAAGUAAUGUUAAUGAUUUACUUAUUUGAUAAACAAAAGUAAUAAACAUGAAAGGCAAGUGUGGAUCUCAUGUUGUGAAUGAAAGAUUUACGUUUGUUCAUUAGAUGUACACAUCAUUUGUGGAUGUUUUAGGCGAUUUAAUGAAUUUGAGGAGAUAAUAACAAAGAUAAAUUAUUACAGUGUAGCAGUCAAGCUACUGUUGUCUUCCAUUUGUGGUCCAUUGCACCAUCAAAUUUUGUUAAUUACAGAAAAAGAAAAAGUAUUGAAAAAGAACAAGUACCCAUUUCUAAAUAAAUAAAAAGUCAUGUAUCAUUUGCUAAAAGAACCUAUGAAAAUAAUAUCAAAAACUUUUUAAAGAAUGUAAUGUUGACAAUAAGGAUGUAGAAAGCAUUACGGUUUCAUUUAUUUAUAUUUGUCAGUUAUAAUAUAAAUCUCCUCAUUUCUAAAACUUUGUAUUACCAUCAAGUGCCCUUUCAAAUUUCGAUCUGAACCUCAUGUGUUGUAAGGUUCGAAUUUCUUCAAUGAAACCUAAAAGCACGAUACGUUAAAUUUAGUACAUGCAGUAAGUAGGUUAUGUAAAUUAUUGUUUAAAAGUCUCUCAGAGGCUAUGUUUAUAAGUGCGAAUGGUGAUGCAGUUUUACAAGUUACAUUUUUUGUUUACAUUUUAAACUGGUUAGAAUAGGGUAUUUGAAUGUAUUCAAAAAGUGUUUAAAAUAAAAUAAUUAAAAGACACUAUUGAAAGUGAUUUUUUAUGAUAUCCUAGUAAGAAAUGUUGAAUAUGCUCUUAUUUCACGUUUAAUUUCUAUAGAAAUUUAUUAAUUUGGCCCUAAAAUUUUUUAGGUUUGGUUCAACCGUAUGGCAGUAUUGAGUAACAUUAUUGGUUUAUGAAAUAGUUACAUUGAUAUUUCUUAAUCGAAAGGAAAUACAUUAUAUAUAUUGUUGUUUUUUUCUUCUAAACAAAUAUAUUUCCGAUUACACAAACAAAUACGAUUUAAAAAAAAAACUAUUAUAAAUAAUAUGUUAUGAAGAAUCUAUAUUACUAGCACUGCCCAAUACUAACUGAUUUUGAACAUAUCCUACAGCUGUUUAUUUGACAAAAAAAUGCAUUUAAUAUGGACAAUAUUAUUGAUAUGUCUAAAUUUAAAUUGGAAAUUUGAAAAAUCAUAAGGUCUUGUAAAACUACAUCUUAACUUCAUUUUUGAAAGAUUUUAAAGAAACAAUAUGAGAUAAGUGAAUUUUUAAAGGAAAAAUAGAUAAAGUUUUCACACAAUAAGUACUAAAACUGCACUAAAAAUAUAAUAAUUAAAAAUAGCUUUUGAAUAGGUUUUAAUAAUAUUGUUUUUUUUCUUUCUUUUAAACUUAGUUAUCAGUUUGAUUUCCACUAAUAAAUUUAUUGAUCUCAAAAAGCUUAUUGGUUUUUUAUUCCAAAAGUUGUGAUUUAAGGAAUGAUGGUCACAAUAAUCUC